AUGGCCAUCAUAUGGGGCCUCGAUCUCCACGAAAUACGAUGGCGCAAAUUCUCAGGAGGGCACAUGUUCAACCGUGCCUACCACCUGCGUCGCACAAAGAUGAUUGUCUACCAGAUGGCCAUGAUAUUCUGCGUCAUUUCCGAGUCGGUCGGAACGGCAGCAUUGUCGGACUAUCUCGACCAACAAGAUGAUAUCCAGAAACACCACCCCGAAGCCAAAGUCCACAACAACGACUUCAUCGGCGCGGCCUCCUAUAACAUCGUCGUCGGAGUCUCCGUUGCAACGAUCUUCGGCGCCGCGUUUUUCUUCGACCUGUUCUGGCCGGAAAGGCACGAGAGUAGAUCUGUUCGGUUGGCGUGGAAGAUAUGUGCGGUGGUCGUGUCGGUGAUGAUGCUUGGUUCGGCUCUGACCAUGACUAUCAUCACUGCUACACACAGCGCCCGUAUCACCGGGACCAACCCGGCAUCCGCCCGGAAAUUCUGGGAGGAAUCGGCCAAAAAGCCUGCUCUGAAAUACCGGACGAACCCCAAAGCGAUUGCGUCUGUUGUCUUUGCGUGGCCUGGUUGGGUUGCGACUGUUGCGAGGUGUGUCACUGUCUUUGGAUUUAGGGUGCAGAGGAGAAUGCUGACGCAGGGCAGUACGGUCAUUCUGUUCAUGUCCCAGAAGCAUGAUGACGAGCUGGGCCCGAAAUCGAACUAUGGACGCGAGACGGAGAGUGUUCCGGCGAUCCAGGAAACAGAGGGUAAAUCAACCACUGUAUAG